GCGUGGAGCUGUGGGCUGAGUCCAAUUACAUCACCGACGGUCAUAAAACAGCAGUGCAACUCACCGGGGGGAGAAAACAAAGACAGUCGCUGACACAGGCUGCUUAUACCACCGGAGCUGAGCUGAGCGCGAGCUGGACGACACGAGCUCAACUCAUGGACAUACUCACAUACAAAGAAAUAGGAAUGAAGCGACCGAGGACGAUGUGCUGCAGCAUUAAGCUGUUUGUCCUGUGCCACGGCCUCCUGCAGUUCUCUCAGCUGCUGUACAGCUCCUACUUCAAGAGCACCAUCAGCACAAUCGAGAGACGCUACGGCCUCAGCAGCUACUCCUCAGGAACUAUUUCCUCUCUCCACGAGGUCAGCAAUAGUGUGCUGAUAGUGUUCGUGAGCUACUUUGGAAAUCGGGUCCACCGGCCUCGCGUCAUUGGAAUCGGUGGACUACUGAUGGCUGUCAGCGCCAUGAUGCUGACCUUACCUCACUUCGUAUCCCAGCCCUACGAUUACGACUCUGUUUUACACAACCGCCAUGACAUUUGCACUGUGCAGAAGAAUUCGAGUAACCUGGAGUCGUGUGACCGUGAGGAGAAGAGGCGUCUGGCUGACUCGAACAACCUGUGGCUGCUGAUGGGCAGCGCUCAGCUGCUCUUCGGUGUGGGCUCGGUGCCCAUCCAGCCAUUUGGGAUUUCCUACAUAGAUGAUUUUGCUGGACCUGGAAACUCCCCUCUUUACAUAGCCAUCCUGUUUGCAGUAUCUGUAUUCGGGCCGGCCAUCGGAUACCUGCUGGGUGCAGUCAUGCUGCGGAUCUAUGUGGACGUGGACAAAUAUGGUUUAGGAGCUGAACAGGAGCUGAGAGUGUCUGAUCCCCGCUGGGUCGGGGCCUGGUGGAUGGGCCUGCUCAUCACCAGCGGCUUCCUGGUUCUCACCUCCAUCCCCUACUUCUUCUUCCCUCGUCGGAUGCCGGCAGAACACAAUGUGAUUGGAAGUGAAAUUGACAUGAGUGAUGACUUCAAGAAGCCAGAUGUCUCUUUACUUGAUUUCCUGAAAAUGUUUCCCAGGAUGUUUGUCCACCUGCUGCUGAGCCCUCUCUUCCUGAUGCUGGUCCUGGCCCAGUGCUGCUUCUCCUCAGUGAUCGCAGGUCUCGCUACGUUCCUCAACAAGUUCCUGGAGCGACAGUACAGCGCGUCGCCCGCCUACAGCAGCCUGCUAGUAGGUGCUGUGAAUCUACCUGCAGUGGCAGUGGGGAUGCUGGUGGGUGGGGUCAUCAUGAAGAAGGCACGUCUCUCUCUUAAGAUCAUCCCACGCUUCAGUGUGGCCAUGUUGACCGUGUCCACCCUCCUCUGCAUCCCUCUCUUCUUCAUGGGCUGUCCCACGCAGAAGGUCUCAGAGGUCAAUCAUGACCAGAUCGGACAGUACCGGUCUCUCUCCUUGUGCUACUCCAACUGCUCCUGUCCUGCCACUGCCUUCAACCCUGUGUGUGGGUCUGACGGUGUCGAAUAUAUUUCUCCGUGCCAUGCGGGCUGCACCAACUUCACCAAAGACCCCAACAACACCCACAGGGUUCAGCUGUAUACCAACUGCAGGUGUAUAUCAGGGAGCCAGGGUAGCGCCCGCCCUGCUCCGUGUCCAAACAGCUGCCCACAUUUUCUGCUCCCCGCCAUUCUGGUCAUCUCUCUGGCAUCACUGAUCGCCUGCUUCACUCACAACCCCAUGUACAUGAUGGUGCUCAGAUGUGUUCCCUCUGAAGAGAAGUCAUUCGCAAUAGGAAUUCAAUUUUUACUCAUGAGAGUAUUGGCCUGGCUUCCUGCCCCCGCUCUCUUCGGGACGGCCAUCGAUACGUCGUGUAUCUGGUGGAAGCGUGUGUGUGGAAAGAAGUUUAGCUGUGGUUACUAUGACAACAACAUCCUGAGGAACCGCUACCUGGGCUUACAGGUGGGUUAUAAGGUCAUGGGUAUCGUCCUACUGAUGAUGCUGGGGUGGAAGGUGAAGCGGACCCAGGAGUACAGUCUGGAGAAGAGGCCUGAAGGACCACUGUGACCCCACUGAGCGUCCCCGUCGAUCCAAGCCUUUCUGUCCCUUAAAGCUUUGCUGUGGUUGAAGAACAGUGUGCAGAGCGAAGCCACAGCCAACACGGGCCUACGCUGACCUCAAUUUCUGUAGGCCCACCUCCCCACCAGGUGCCUCACCGGCUGGAGUUAGGAAGUACAAUUUCCAGAAGGGACAAUGUCUGAUGUUUUCGGAUGCUUUAAUACUCGUGAUUGGAAUUAUUCUGACUGUAUGACCCGCGUAAUACAAGUCAAGAGAGGACUGCUGAAACACCUCGCUGUAUGGAGGAUGAAAAAUGACUAAAGUAUCAAUAAAUAAAUAAAUGUAUAAAUAAAUAAACAUGGAAAUAAAUAAAUAAAAGAAAAAAUAAAUGCAGACAUAAAUACAUGCCGAAAUAAAUAAACAUGGAAAUAAAUAAAUAAAAGAAUAAAUGUUGAAAUAAAUAGAUAAAUGCAUAAAUAAAUAUAUAAAAGUUGAUAAUUAAACAGAACAAAUGAAAUCUUAAAUUUAUUUAAGACAACAUUUAUGGAUUUAUUUAUGUAUUGUUGUAUCUAUUAACAUAGGAGGUCCUUAUUUUUUUAAUUUAUUCUUUUAUUUAUUUUUUCCUGUAUUCAUGUAUACAUUAUUAUUUAAUUAUUGAUACUUAUGUAAUUUUUUGUCCUCCAUACUUCUGUCGUACCUCACAAUAUUUUUUAUGUAUCAUGAUGUGAGUUCAGACAACUGAAUUUUUUACUGUGUGUGUAAUACUUGUUCCUGUAUCUUAGGAAUCCCUCCAGGUUUCUAUUUCCAAUGGGAACAUAUCCUGUAACUAAUUACCUGUAUUAGCUUAAUAUUUAAGUUUAUUUUUUUAUAGAUGUUUGUCUCAUACACAGAGACAUCUGUGAUACCUGCAAUACUCGUUUCAUAUACGAUCACAUGUAUAACACUUGAUUUAAUUGCAAUGCUAAUGAAUUUUCAGAUAUCAAGUACAUACACUGUUACUCAUGAAUGGAAUUAACUGCACAUGUUAUGCUUUCUACUGCUGUGGUUAUGUGGUUGUUUGUUACAGUAGAGUACAUAAAUGUGUAAACAUUACCGGUUAAUAUACAAUACAAUUAAUCAAGUCA